AUGGGUGAAGCAUUAGGAUUGAUUGAAACAAGAGGUUUGGUUGGUGCAAUUGAAGCAGCAGAUGCAAUGGUCAAGGCUGCCAACGUCACGCUCGUUAGCAAAGAAGAGAUUGGCGGUGGUUUGGUGACCGUCAUGGUUCGUGGUGAUGUUGGGGCGGUUCAAGCCGCAGUGGAAGCAGGGGCUGAAGCCGCAAAGACUGUUGGCGAAUUGGUUUCCGUGCAUGUCAUUCCGCGUCCACACGCAGAAGUUGAAAAUAUGUUGACUCGCGGAUAA